AUGAAGCUCUCGGCAUCGCUGGUUAUCGCUUCUUCUAGCGCUUUGAAUCCUUCCGAGCGAUGGGAGAGCCUUAAGUACGGGAACCCUGGCACAACUGCUCGAUCCAGUCGAUCUACUAAAGCUGAUACAAGAUGCACCGGACAGUAUGCCUCUUUGACUGAUCCGAUUGAAUUCUUGAAGACCUGGAAUGAAGAUGCUCAGAGCUUCUUCAACAUUGAGAGCGAGGCUUCAUGGGCUUACGCAACUGAUAUCAACGAAGAGAACCAAAAGAUCGAGGCCGAAGCUGCUCAAAAAACAACUGCUUGGAUGGAAGAAAUCGGCUUUUGCGCUCAAGAAAACUUUUCUUCCAUUGUGAAUGCUUGUAAGAAAGGCUUUAACCAAUCAGGCUGCGAUUUGAAGGAUGAAGCUGGAUGCGCGGAAGACCCCAAUGAAGAUUAUCAACUGCAAUGCUGGACCAAAGAAAAGCAACUUCGCGCUCUUGACAUGCUCCAAGACUUGGGCUACGCUGCCCUAGGAGCUGGUUCUCCUGAGUACAGUGAGCUCACCGCUGCUCUUGGUCGAAUGAGCGUUGCUUAUUCCACAACAAAGGUCAAAGAUCAACAUUCCGACCGUCAACACCCACUGGACCCUGACCUGACGGCCAUUUUUAAAUCAGCAUGCGUCGGCGAUAAUGCACACUGUGACUACCUCAAGCAGCGAUACUACUGGGACGCGUGGAAUACCAAAGUUGGCCAGGCAUGCCAUGAAGACUAUCACACUUUCGUCGAAAAUAGCAACCUUGCUGCUGCAGCAAACGGUUUUGCUGAUACCGGUGAAAGCUGGCGAAGCAAGUACACAGGUGUCAAUGAUGAUCAAGGCUUCAUGGAUCUUCUGGAGAAAAUCUGGACUGACGAUCUCAAGCCACUCUACGAAGAGAUCCAUGCUUACGCUCGAUACAAGCUCAACGAACGAUAUGGUGACAAAAUGGUUGGAUCUGGAAAGACCCCAGUUCCAGAGCAUCUUUUCGGAAACAUGUGGGCGCAGACUUGGGGAUCACUCUACGAUGUUACUGUUCCUUAUCCGGAUGCAGGAGAGCGACCAGAUGCCACUCCAGCGAUUGAAAAAUUGACGGAAGAAGAGAUGUUUGACUACGCCGAUGAAUUUUUCAGAUCUUUGGGACUGACUCCGAUGACCAAGCUUUUCUGGCGAAACUCCGUCAUCAAGAAAAAACCAGGUGUGGACAUGGUCUGCCACGCCUCCGCCUGGGACUUCAUGGCCGGCGAUGGCAACUUCGACGAUGGCGCUAUGGGCGACUAUCGAAUCAAACAAUGCACGGUCAAGGACCAAGAUGACUUUGUCACUGUUCAUCACGAGAUGGGUCAUAUUCAGUACUACCAGCAAUACGCUCAUCAUCCUAUCAUCUUCCGAUCCGGAGCAAAUCCAGGAUUCCAUGAAGCCAUUGGAGAUACGCUUGCGCUUUCCGUCUCGACUCCAAAGCACUUGAUCGAAGUUGGACUUCUUGAUGAUCCUAACGCUUCCAUCAACUUCCUUCGCCAAGAAAUCGCUCGGGACACUUCAGAUGAAGACAUGAACUACCUCAUGUCGAUUCUUCUCGACAAAGUCACCUUCCUCCCAUUCGGCUACCUCAUGGACAAGUUCCGCUGGGAGCUCUUCGCCAAAGAACCUGCGAAAGAAGAAUAUCAGAAAAUCUGGGACGACCUCCGCUUGAAGUACCAGGGAAUGAUUCCUCCUCUCGAGCGAACUGAAGAGCACUUCGAUGCCGCCGGAAAGUACCAUAUUCCAAACAACACGCCUUACAUCCGAUACUAUGUUUCCUUCAUUCUUCAGUUCCAGUUUUAUGAAAAAAUGUGCCUUGAAGCUGGCGAGUUCGAUGAAAACGACCCUGAGAAACCACUCUACAAAUGCGAUUUCUACAACUCAAAGAAAGCAGGAAAACUCAUGAAAGAACUCCUCAAAGCUGGCCAAUCUCAACCAUGGGAAGACACUCUCAACGAAUUCCUUUGCGGAAACGAUUCUGGAUGCGAGGGAUCAAUGAAUGCCAAAGCCAUCAAAAAAUACUUUGAACCAGUCACUACCUGGUUGAGCAAAUACAGAGCGGAUAAAGGAUACGAGCUUGGAUGGGAUGAAACUUGGGAUGCCAGCAAGCCCAACACUUGGGUACCCUGCGAAUACAACGAUUCUGCUGAAAGCUGUGGUGAGCCAGCAGAACCCUGCUCGACUGAAGAAGACUGGGACGAGUCGUGGAACACUGACGGAACUCCAGAAUCAACCACUACUUCUCCAGAUACAACGACUUCUGAUGCAAUGGGCAUUGUCGCCGCCACUGGACUCGCGUUCUCUCUUCUUUUCUUGUAA